GAGCUCCAGACCUCAGCUGCUCGUGCUGUCGACCAGAUCGGUUAUUAUACAUACAUACAUACAUACAUAUCUCCGUAAUGCCACGCCCAGUUCUGUUAAUUCACGGCGGAGCUGGUGAUAUAUCCGAAUCGAGAAUAGCGGGCAAGUUCGUGGGCAUCAAGCAGGCCCUUCGCUCCGCCUGGUGUCUGUUGAGUCCAGAAAAUGGCACCGCCGGCAGUGCCAUGGAUGCCGUGGAGGCGGCCGUUCGGAGCAUGGAACUGGACGAGAACUUCAAUGCCGGCUAUGGUUCGUGCCUGAACACCAGUGGCCAGGUGGAGAUGGAGGCCAGCCUGAUGGAGGGCAGACAGCUGCGUGCCGGCUGCAUCACCCUGCUGCGGGAUGUGAUGCAUCCGAUCACGGUGGCCCGUCGCCUGUUGGAGAAGCAGCGGCACACCUUUCUGGGCGGCGAGGCGGCCCAGGAGCUGGCCCUGGCCACCGGAAGCGAGAGACUGCCACCGGGUGCCCUCAUCACCGAGGGCGCCCGCUACACGUUGAAGGAAUUCCAGGAGCAGGUGGCCCAGGGCAAGGAUCCAUUCUUUGCGCGCACCGAAUUGGCCGAGGAUAAACUGACGCCAAAGACGGAUCCCAGUGGUGAGACCGUGGGCGCCGUGGCCAUGGAUGCAACUGGCCAGAUUGUGGUGGGCACCUCCACCGGCGGCAUCACAGGCAAGUGGCCGGGACGGAUUGGGGACACACCGCUGCUGGGCAGCGGCACCUAUGCGGAUAACCUUCGUGGCGGAGUGUCGACCACGGGACACGGCGAGACCAUCAUGCGAUACAAUCUGGCACAGCGCAUCCUGGCCGCCAUGGAGCAUCGCGGACUGUCCGCCCAGGAGGCCGCCGACAAGGAGUGCCAAGAGAUGACCAAGCGGCUGGGCGGCACUGGCGGCGCCAUCGUCGUCGGCCACACCGGCGAUCUGGGCAUCAGUUUCACCUCACACCGCAUGGCCUGGGGAUACGUCCAGGAUGGCACCAUCUUCUACGGCAUCGAGGGCCAGGUGGUGCUCCAGGAGCCGUUCACAGUUGCCACUUAGGGUCUACAACAAAGUAUACACCUAAAUCUAUUACCAAUUACACAAGAUGUCUCACAAAACUAGAUAAUAACUUACAAAAUUAAGCCGCAUAUACAUACAUUUCAUGAUGCCUUUGCCUAAAUUGAAUAAAGUUUAUACUUUUUAUUUAUUUACAACAUUUUGGGCACUUAACCAACUAGUUUACGUAUGUUGUAUGUACAAUGUACAUCUAAAAAACCAGAGACUAGUUUUAUAAGCAAGUUGAGUUAUAAUAAAGAGAGACAUAUAUUGGUUGA